AUGUCAACCUCAAACCCGCUGGCUCCUUACAGCACCGGGCUCCAUGAUGACCAAGCAGAUAAAGUGGGCAAAUACCUCCACCGCCUCCAGCUGUCAGAUCAGAGUUUGAUGGACGUGUCCAUGCGAUUCCGUCGAGAGAUGGAUAAAGGCCUGUGCAGAGACACCAACCCCACAGCUGCUGUCAAGAUGCUGCCCACGUUUGUGCGCUCCACUCCUGAUGGAACAGAACAAGGAGAAUUCCUGGCCCUCGACCUUGGUGGAUCUAAUUUCCGAGUGCUUCUGGUCAAAGUUAUGGGUAAUGGAAAGCAAAAAGUGGAGAUGGAAAGUCAGAUUUACGACAUCCCUGAACACGUAAUGAGAGGCAGCGGGUCUGAGUUUUUUGACCACAUAGCUGACUGUCUGGCUAAUUAUCUGGAGAAGAUGGGCAUCAAAGAUAAAAAGCUUCCUCUGGGUUUCACCUUCUCUUUUCCCUGCCAGCAGACCAAGUUGGAUGAGAUAACUCCACCUCAGCCUAAUUUGCAACCCUCAGUCAGCUUGAACCUACAGGCUGUUUUAUUGUCUUGGACCAAAGGCUUCAGGUCAAGUGGAGUGGAAGGAAAGGAUGUGGUCAGCCUUCUGAGGAAAUCCAUCAAGAAAAGAGGGGACUUUGACAUUGACAUUGUGGCAGUAGUCAAUGACACAGUGGGAACCAUGAUGACCUGUGGCUUUGAUGACCGUCACUGUGAAGUUGGCCUCAUUGUUGGAACGGGGACCAACGCCUGCUACAUGGAGCAGAUGAGGAACAUUGAUCUCCUGGAUGGUGAUGAGGGGCGGAUGUGCGUUAAUACUGAGUGGGGCGCUUUUGGGGAUGACGGGGCCCUCGAGGACCUACGCACUGACAUUGACCAAGAAUUAGACGCAGGCUCGUUGAACCCUGGCAAGCAGCUGUUUGAGAAGAUGAUCAGUGGGAUGUACAUGGGCGAACUGGUACGUCUCAUCUUGGUAAAGAUGGCCAGAUCACAGCUGCUGUUCCAGGGCAAGACUACAUCAGAACUUCUCACAACUGGACACUUCAGUACCAGCUACAUCUAUGCAAUUGAGAAUGACAAAGAUGAGGAAGGCAUUGCUGUUGCUGAGAAGGUGCUUCGUGACCUGGGUUUGGACCCAUCGAUUGAGGACUGCAAAGCAACUCGGAGGGUGUGCCAGAUUGUAUCCACACGGGCCGCACACUUGUGCGCUUCCACUUUAGCAGCAGUCCUGCGACAGAUCCGGGAUAACAAAGCUGCUGAAAAGUUGCGUAUCACUAUUGGAGUGGAUGGCUCCGUUUACAAGAAUCACCCGGAGUUUUCCAGGAGGCUCAACAAAAUGGUGCGUCGACUUGUACCCGACUGCGAUGUGCGUUUUUUACAGUCGCAGGAUGGUAGUGGGAAAGGCGCGGCUAUGGUAACUGCGGUGGCCUUCCGACUUGCUAACCAAAAUGUUGAGCGUCAGCGUAUCCUCGACACCCUGCGCUUGAGUCGCGAACAGCUGCUGGAAGUAAAGAGGCGGUUGAAUGAGGAGAUGACGCGAGGCCUGUCAAAGCAGACUCACGAGCAGGCCAGCAUCAAGAUGCUUCCCACCUACGUCCGAUCCACUCCAGACGGAACAGAGCGUGGCAACUUCUUGGCUUUGGACCUUGGAGGCUCCAGUUUUCGAGUGCUUCUGGUGCGAGUGCGAAGUGAAAAAAGGCGAAGCGUGGAUAUGCAGCAAAAGAUCUACAGUAUUCCACAGGAAAUCAUGCAAGGCACUGGGGAAGAGCUAUUCAACCAUAUUGUGGACUGCAUAGCUGACUUUCUGGAGUACAUGGGCAUGAGAGGAGCGUCUUUACCUCUGGGAUUUACAUUCUCUUUCCCCUGCGAUCAAACCAAACUUGAUGAGGGCAUACUUCUGAAGUGGACAAAGGGUUUUAAAGCCAGUGGCUGUGAGGGACGAGAUGUUGUUACAUUACUUAAAGAAGCCGUCCGCCGCAGACAGGAAUUUGACUUGAACUUUGUGGCAGUAGUUAAUGACACAGUGGGAACCAUGAUGACUUGUGCCUAUGAGGACCCCAAAUGUGAGGUGGGACUCAUCGUUGGCACAGGGACCAAUGCCUGCUACAUGGAGGAAAUGCAUAACAUCGAACUGGUGGAGGGCAAUAGUGGCCGCAUGUGUGUCAACGUGGAGUGGGGAGCAUUUGGAGAAAAUGGUGAACUAGACGACUUUUGCACAGAGUUUGAUCACCUCGUCGAUGCCUGCUCAAACUACCCUGGGAAACAGAGGUAUGAGAAGAUGAUCAGUGGGAUGUACCUGGGGGAGGUCGUGCGGAACGUGUUGCUGGAUUUUACUGAUAAGGGCCUGCUGUUCAGGGGCAAAGUGUCAGAACGACUCAAGACGCGGGGCAUCUUUGAGACAAAGUUCUUGUCACAGAUUGAAAGUGACCGUCUUGCCAUGCGACAGGUGCGCUCAAUCCUGCAGCACCUGGGCCUCACUGGCUCCACGUGCGACGACAGCGUGCUGGUGAAGGAGGUGUGCAGUGUGGUUGCCCGCCGUGCCGCCCAGCUCUGCGGCGCUGGUUUAGCUGCUGUCGUCGACAAAAUACGACAGAAUCGCAACCUGAAUCAACUCUCCGUCACCGUGGGAGUGGAUGGCACCCUUUAUAAAACACAUCCUCAUUUCUCCACCAUCAUGCAAGAAACACUGCAGGAUUUGGCGCCGCAGUGUCAGGUGACGUUCCUCAAGUCAGAGGAUGGAAGUGGAAAGGGAGCGGCACUGAUCACCGCAGUCGCCUAUAGGGUCCAAAAUGAAGAACAGCAGUAAAUCCUGAAGACAGACGGCAGCAGGGGAGCGCUGCUGUGACAGAUUUUUCUGUUGUGAAUCAGCACGAAUGGUUAUAUAUAUAUAUUUUAAUGUUUUUCGGUCUUGUGUGUUCAUGUAUGUAAAUGUGUUUUAAGAUUUGUGGCUGACAUUGUGGAGGAGGAGGUCGGUAAAUGAAGUUCAGACAGCGUGUUACACCUCCUGUGAAAUGUGACUGUUACAAGCUGUUGAGCUUGUUUUGCAUACACUCCAUCUUUGGCUUUAACAUUGAACAUCCCAGGUUUGCACCCAGCUUACUGUGUAAAGUUUGUACUGACAAAAAAAAAAAGGUAACACAAAAAAGUUUUCUAUACAGCACUUUUGAGAUCACGUGUCACAAAGUGUCUCCCCCACAUAUACUGUAAAUUUCAGUAGGCUGGGAUGAUUUAUUUGGAUAUUGCUGAGCAUAUGACAGGUUACCCAAGUUAUGACUUCUGUGUUAUGAAAAUAAGAAUAAAAUGCUACUUAAAAGAUAACCAAACACAUUUAUAUAAAUGAACUGUUCUGUUCUGCUGGACACAACUAACACAAAAUCUUAUUCAUACUGUUUUUGUGGUUCUUGCAGAGGUCUCAUGAUUACCAUCAGAUUAUUCUGAUGCUGUGGAAAAAACACCAACAUUAAAUGUUUUCUCUGCACCCAACCCAGGCACCCUUACUAAAUAAAAUAAAAUACUAAAGAAGCCCUGAUGGUCAGAAAGUAAAGAAUAAAAAACUAAUAAUUGGAAUCUA